AUGGGAGUAGUCAGUUCUUCCCCCUUGGUUACUAAUUUCAAAGAAUGGCUCAUAGCUAUCUUCAAUAUUCAUCAACAAGAACAAGAGAUUAUUGCUUUGAUUUGUUGGGCCAUCUGGAUGAACCGUAAUGAAACUGUUGGGAAAGUUAAGUUGUUUACAGUGUUUAAGGUGGUGACUAUUGCAAAAAAUUUCCUCCAGCAAUGGCGUGAUGAUAAUAGGCCACUACCACAAGCCAUUUUUGAAAACAAAGGGAAGUCUAGGCUCGGCCUUGUGAUUCGAGAUGAUUUGGGGUCAUUCGUUGCUGCCAACGUUGUUCCUGUUCAAGGUAUUGUUGAUCCACUUAUCGCCGAAACUUUGGGGGUUCGUGAGGCCCUUUCUUGGAUUAAAUCUAAAUUCUCUAGGGUCCAAACCAUUGAAAUGGAUGCUCUCUUGGUUUAUAGUGCUCUACAGAAUGAUGGAGUUGACAACUCUUACCUUGGUAUCCUAAUUGAAGAGUGUCGUCUUCUUGCUAAAGAAUUACUGAAUGUCAAGUUCAACUAG